AUGCUCCGUGUUGCCCGCACAACUGCCAUUGUCUUUGCCAGAAAUAAAGGAUGCAAAGCAAUGGCUCCAGUAUUCGGCGCUAGACUUGAUUGCCAUUCUUCGCGUUUAUUCUCUUCGCCGCCUCGAUCGCCUCCAACACCAGAGGCAACUACACUUCAUGAUUUGGUUUUCACAACAGUUGCAGAAGUCAUGCAAAUCAAUGAGCUGGCAGAUAGGGCCCAGAUCAACCUUCAAAGUAGCCUCAAAUUGGAUUUGGGUAUGGAUGUUUUCAAAACAUAUCAAUUGCUUGAUGAGCUGGAGAAAAAAAUCGAAUCGCUCGAUGUCCCGGUUGAGGCAGUAGACAAGGCACAAACCCUCCAAGAUAUUGUUGACCUCAUUACGCCCAAAUACUAGCUAAGAGAUUGAACAAUCAUUGCUUUAACGCCAUAAUGACUAUCCUCUCAUUUCCAUGUUCGAUAUCAAUGGCUAUAGUAGCAUCCAUAUACA